UAUUCCUUCAACCAACUCAAAACCUCCAUUUAGUUGUAUCGCAUUCACAUUUAAUUCAUCUUCGAAAAUGUCUGGCCGUGGAAAAGGAGGCAAGGGUUUAGGGAAAGGGGGAGCUAAGCGUCACAGGAAGGUCUUGAGAGAUAAUAUUCAAGGUAUUACGAAGCCUGCUAUUCGCCGUUUGGCUCGUAGAGGCGGUGUGAAGCGUAUCAGUGGUUUGAUUUAUGAAGAAACCAGAGGUGUUUUGAAGAUCUUCCUCGAGAAUGUUAUUCGUGAUGCUGUUACCUACACAGAGCACGCCAGAAGGAAGACCGUCACCGCUAUGGAUGUGGUGUAUGCCUUGAAAAGGCAGGGAAGGACUUUGUAUGGUUUCGGAGGUUAGGUUAUAGAUUGACUACACGGAAGGUCUUAGAUCGCGUCUUUAGAUCUGGUUCCUUUUUAGUUUUCUCAUUGUUGUUUCUUAUUUGGAACUUCUGUAACUUAAUCUCGGUUAUUUAGAAAUGGUAAUGCUACUCGAUUCAUGAAUUAUGUUC